AUUCUAUCACGGGAGUUUGCUGAUCGUUCAUAAAAGAAACCAAAGAAAAUUAAAUUAUAUUACAAGGUGAAAGUAAACAAUAUUAUUUCAGUUAAUGAAUAAAUUGUUCUUACUCGCGUAAAACAAGUCGAAAGCCAUGGAGAACGAUAUCAACAAACCAUACAAAAUAUGUGAUGUGAACCGAGACAAAAAGAAGGGUACGGUAGCAUCGUCGUUAGAAGAUUUACUCAGUAAAGUGCCCGAAAAGCUGGGACUGCCAUCAGAGAACCUGACUGUGGUGCUGGAAUCCGACGGGACUGAGGUGGACGACGAGGAGUAUUUUUCGACAUUAGAGAAUGAUACGUCGUUGAUGAUUCUCCACGGGAGCGAGAAGUGGACGCCGAAUAUGCCGAAGUGCCAGGUGUCGUUGGACCAGACGGACGACGUGGGGCUAGGGGAGAAGGAGCAGGUGGCAAACCUGGUGGGGCGGCUGCAGCACAACCUGUGCCACAUCUCGCUGCUGGGCGGCCAGGACCUGGAGCUGCUGUCCGAUAUGGACCCGGACAGCCUCGCGGAUAUCGUCACGGACCGGGACAACAGAAUCAUACUGGAGCACAUCAAGGAAGCCUCUGGAAGGAUCUUAUUGGAGAAGCGCCAAGCACAGGACGCCAUGGAGCUGUUGAAACUUUACCACCAGAGUGUUUCCAACGGCUCCGAGGAUGUGUCACCGCCCAAGCAGGAGAGAGUGUAGGGCUUGCCCCACCCUUGUACAAUACCUGUAACCCUUCAAUCAUUUGCAUUUGGAAUGGUAAUGCUCAAAAGUUUACAAACUUAGUUUUGUUCCUCAUUGCCAUGUUUCAAACAUUUUCAUGAAGCAUAUACUAUCAAAAUUUAGUUAGAAAUUAAGAAACUUAUUGAAUACACCAAAUGAAAGAGGCCUUUUUUUGUAUUAGAAUUAAAAUAGUUUUGAUUCUGUAUUAAGUUAUUUCUAAAGCCCCUAGAAUCAUUUGUCUUUUAAACCAUUGCCUCAGUAAUGAUUUGCAAAUAACAGUUAUGUAACUAAAUCAAGAAACAUUAAUAGUUGAUCAAAGUUAAGGUAUGCAGGUAAUACUUGGGUAGUUAUAAUAUAAUACGCUAAUCUUAUGAAUAUGAGCUGAUACGGAAUAUGAGAUGAUAUACAUAAUAACCACAUUCUAAAUAUUGUAUGUAUCUAGUGUGUAACCCUUAAACAGUACUGCCAUUGUAGAUAUCUUGAAUUGAAUUCCUAUUUCAUGAAUGUAUGCAAAGAACCUCUCACUAUUAUUUGCCGACUUGAGCUCUGUCAUGCUUAACAUUAUCCACUGCAUGUAAAUAAAUAAAUUGGUUGUCCAUGUCAUUUAUUGCAUAAAAAUCAGUUAUGGUACAAAUGUUUUCAAAUGCUCAUUUGGUGCAUAUGCUAGGCAUGGCAAAGAUAGCAAGAAUGUUUCUAUUUUUGGCUAUCCAUACACAUUACUAUGUUUUUCCACACCUUCAAUAUUUUAACAAUACUUACUAUCAAGAUAUUUUGGUAGCUGUAUAGUAAAAGAUCUGACAAUAGAUAUGCUAGAACUUAAGCAUGUAUACCCUCUAGAUAGUUAAGGUUUCUUUUUUGUAAACUUUUGAGAGACAAAUUGCCACGAGGUUGACAAGUCAACAUCAAUUUAAAAGACUGAUAGUUGUUAAUUUUUUUUAAUAUUAUAUUUUACCCCUAGAAUAAGAAUUCUUUGUUUAACUCCAAAUUGCUCAAAAGGUUUCGAAUAUUAUACCUAUAAGUUUCCAUUUGUUAUUCCACUGCCAAAUGUCAAAAGCAUGCUCAUAUUGUGGUAAGUUAGAAUGUGUAGGGAAUAUUAUGGUCUGAAAAUAGGUGUGUGGUAGAAAAAUGAUUGGUUGGUUAUCACUAACAAAAUCCAUUUACAUAGUUUUCUUUGGUAUUCCAUACUUAACAAUCCCAAAUCAUUCUAUAAAAUAUAUCAUAUAAAUCAUAGCCUAUAGUUGAAUGAGUCAAUAUACAGUCAUGUUUGUGGAAACUAACAGCUGUUUAGAGGGCUUGUCAUACAUCUCAAGACAUAUUUGUAUGUAGCUUAUUGUAAUGUCUAAUGAUUAACAUAGUGCACCUAUUAAUAAUACUAUUGUCUAACACCUCUGACAUUGGGCACUACCUCUGCUGCAGAAAAUCAAGAUAAUUCUGAAUACUAGGGUGAUAUUAUUAUUUGAUUAUUUAGUUAGGUAUUUAUAUAAUAAUUAUAAAAUUCAGUGAUGGCUUAUAACAUUACAAAAAAUUACACUCCAACAUUUACCAAUGUCACCCAAUUAUUCAAAGUUACCAGUAUUAACUGUAUCUGUAGGAAUUUUAUCUAAAUAAUGAUCACAGAUAAAAUAUAUAUAACAUAUGUAUGAUUGGUAGAUUUGAGCAUUGUUGCAAAGAAAGAAGUAAAUCCAUAUUUAAAAAUUAAAUUGUAUUAGGGACGUACCGACUAGUCGCCGACUAGUCGGGAAAGCCGACUAUCCGGCCACAUUUGUAGUCGGCGAUUAGUCGGCGACUAGUCGGCAAAAAUGGCCAAUUAGUCGGCACUUUAUUAGUGAAAGAAAAACAGAAAAAAAGAAACUAACAGUUAAUAUUUACCAUAUGUGUUAUGUCUAUUUUACCGUCUAUUCAGGGUGUGAAAACUUUUUCUGCUCAUCAGGAUCGCAAAAUAAAAGAAAGACAGAAAUUGAACGAGGAUUCUUGUGAUAGGUCUUUGAACCAAUAGAAAACACCUUUUAGCCAAGCUAAUAUAUGAAUAGCGCAACCAAAAGAGCAAAACUAUUGUUUUUCACCUGAACUUAUACGAAACUAAUGAUCUGGCCGACUAGCCGACUAGUCGGCCGACUAAUCGGCCAUUCGAGCGCCGAUUAGUCGGCUAUUCGGCCAAAUCAAUAGUCGGUACAUCACUAAAUUGUAUACUUAGUCCAAGAAAUUCUACUGGUCAAUAAGAACUAGUCAUUUUAAUGGAACUAGAAUAACACCAUGACUGCAACAGUUAAUUUAAAAUGUUUUGUACCAAAUAAUGCCAGGUAGGCUAGUGCGCCUACUCAUUCUAAAAAUACAUGUCCCUAGAUGUGUGUAUAUCAAUGUCGGCGCUAAGAGGGGGAACUUAAAUCUCUUACCUCAAACUAUAAUAUUGUUGAACAUUUAAAUUUUAUGUUCUAGUAUGUUGAUAUCUUUUCAGAAAAACCUUGCUAUUUAUGAACCAAGCCUGUUCAAAUGUACAAUCCAGUAAAUGUUUAAUGGUUUAAUGUGGCUAUUCGGUUUUGAUUGACCAUUGUGAUGGUGUUUAUUGGCAUGUGAUGUUUUAUUCCCUACCUAGUAAGCUAUGCUAUAUGUACUUUGGAGUGCUGUGAAUAUUGUGUUUAAUUUUAGGAAUUGUUCGGAGUUUGAUUCCUAUAGUGGAAUUGAGUACAUGGUAGGUUACUUCUUUUUACUGCGCACUAAUAAUAUAAUAGUAAUAAACCAUUUAGCAAA